AGCUUUCUUUCCAGACAACAAAAUAUGAACUCAAUUUCCUGUCCUGCGCAGUGGUGUGGCAACAACCAUGGCGGUGCCUGACAAAUCUACUAAAGAGCGGUUAUUAUCGGUACUGGACGAUUUAGAGGUGUUAUCUAGGGAAUUGAUAGAGAUGCUUGCACUGUCAAGGAGCCAAAAAUUCCCUCAAGGAGGCGAGGACACUCAGAUCCUGGAGCUGCUGGUGCAGAGAGACAGAGCAUUCCAGGAGCUGAUGAGGGUGGCCCAGGAGCAGGGCAAGGUGCACCAGGAGAUGCAGGUCCUGGAGAAGGAGGUGGAGAAGAGAGACAGCGACAUCCAGCAGCUCCAGAAACAGCUGAAGGAGGCAGAACAUAUACUGGCGACUGCUGUAUACCAAGCAAAGGAGAAGCUGAAAUCUAUUAAUAAGGCCAAAAAAGGGAGUAUCUCCUCAGAAGAGAUCAUCAAAUAUGCCCACAGGAUCAGUGCCAGCAAUGCAGUCUGUGCCCCUCUCAACUGGGUACCAGGUGAUCCACGUAGACCUUACCCCACUGACCUGGAGAUGCGCAGUGGAAUGUUGGGUCACAUGAGCAACCUGCCAACCAAUGGCGUGAAUGGACACCUCCCUGGAGAUGCACUGGCAGCUGGGAGAUUGCCAGAUGUGCUCACCCCCCAGUACCCCUGGCAAUCGUCAGAUGUCUCAGUGGGCAUGCUCCCCCCUCACCAUGGCAACGACUUUGGGCUGGAGCCCCCCGGCCACAACAAGGAGAAUGAGGACGACGUGGAGGCCAUGUCUACAGACUCAUCCAGCAGCAGCAGCGACUCUGACUAAGUGUGUGUGUAUCUGUCUUUCUCUGUCUGACUGUGUGUGUGUGUGUGUCUGUCUGCCCAUCUGUGGGUGUAUAUCUGACUCUGUUUUGGGAAUUGGACACAACCAGUACCCCGUAGAGCCAGCUAUCCAUCACACCCAUAACAUUUACGAUAAGCCACAGUUGAUACAGGGUUAGCUAUCCGAUAUAGCAAACAACUACUUCAGAGAAUAUUGAGAGAUACUCAUCUCACGGUCUUGUUUUUCUCUGACCCUCUCUAUUCCUGCCUUGUUGAUGAGACAUUUGUACAACACUAUCUGUGAUCCCCAAUGUAAUAUCACCAGCUCUCUGUAAAGUCCAUUGUAUCAGUUCAGGGGUGUAUUCAUUAGUCAGAUUCCAUUGCAAAACGUUUGGUCUGUUGUAACGGAAAAGUUUACUCACAAACGGAAAACGUUUUUCAAUGAAAACAAACAUUUCUAUUGGACACAUUUGGGUAGGUCCCUCCCCGUUUUGUUUGCUUCCUAGAGUAAACGGUUUCCAUUGCAAAAGGUUUUGCAACAGAAUCCAACUAAUGAAUACACCCCAGGGAAAUGUCUGGUAGUACGUGACUCUGAUAACACUGACAUGUUCCUUUCGUUGUCUAUCAGGUUACCCUUCAUUUGUUUAUUUUCUGUUUUUUGGCAGAAAUGGGGAUUAGUGUUGAAAAGUAUAUGUGCCUUUGUGUAGGAUGUAAUAUAACAGUUUUUAAUUUACUUGUUAUUUGUUGCUGAUUUGAACCCAAGUGCUCCUUAUCACCUCUGCUAUUGGUGAAAACAUGUCUUGAGUGGAUUUAGAAUUUGUAGGUGCACUUGAUUCAACUUACCCGAGUUAACACUUUUAAGAAAAUAAAGUAAAAACUGCUUAUAUCAGGCAAGAUUCAUCAAGCACACCUUGCAUUCUUUAUAUUGAAAGCCUGCAUAUUAAUUGACUGAUGACUGGUUGAUCCAUGUGUAAAUAGAUCUGUAUAUACUGUAGGUUUUUCCAGCCUUGUAAAUAAAUACAACUUUUG